AGUGCCAGUAAAAUGUGCCAGCGGCUAUAUACAGUGAUACCUUGAAUUAAGAUCUUAACUCAUUCUGUGACUGAGCUCUUAACUCAAAAUGCUCUCAUCUCAAAGCAAAUUUCCUAAUGAAAUGUUAUUAAUCCACCCCCACCCCCCAUUUUUGUUAUGUGUUUUUAAAUAGGAUUUUAAAAAUGUACUUUAUAAAUAACAAAUAAUGUAUAAAUGCACAUUCACAUAGAAGAAUAAAAAAGAAAGCCCAACUUUAAAAUAUUAGAAGGACAAAGUUGUGGCAAGGAAGCACUUGAGACAACAAAAUGUGUGAUGGCCAGUGUAACAGCAAAGCAAAACCUGCACAUUUUCAUGGAACAGUAACAGCAGAGAUAUCAACUUUAAAAUGGUAGAAGCACAAAGUUGUGGCAAGGGAGCACAUUUUCUUCAUAAUGAACAUACAGACGCAUCAUUUUCUUCAUACUGAACUCAUUCUAGCCUCUCUCCCUCUUCAUGAAGCCAAACCACACAAAAUCAAAUAAACCAAAGUUCCUCACAGAAGACAAAAGCAAAGCAGGCAGCAAUUUUCCAAAGCAGGCAAGAACAUGAGGCACGGAGGCCCCAAAGUCUCAUACUCCUGUGCUAGCGCUUAUUCUAGAACUAGCUCUUAAUUCAAAACUCUGCUCUAAUAGCAAAGCAGAAUCUGGGCUGAGCAACAGAUCUUAACUCAAUAUGCUCUGAAGCUGGGACACACUUUUAAGUAUUUCCUGCCUACAAGCUUAACAUGUAAAUGAUAUACACAAAACACAAAAGGAAAUGUCCUGGGAACAAAAGAGGAAGAGAAGCAAAGUAAGGCACCAGUUUUUAAAGUCACAUAGUAAGUCUAAUGAAAACUAAAUUGAACUGAAAAAGUUCACGGAGGAAAGCAGACAGUCUUUCAUGAACAGGGUGAAAAUCUGAUACACCCUCUUGAAUGAGAACAAUUAAAAGACCAUUAGGGCAAGAAGAAAAUCAGAGUACUAUUGCUAAUGCCUAUCUUGAAAUCCCACAGAAAGAUGAACCCAUUUCUGCUGAAACGGAAAGUUUUUACUGAAAGCAAGGCCUUGCUUGAUGAGCUUCUGGAAGUACAACAUUUCCGCACCAUCUACAACAUCUUUGUGGCAGUAUUCUGUAUCUUUGUUCUUAGGGCAGUCCUUGUGGAUUUCAUCGAUACAGGACGUGUUGCCCUUGACUUUGAAGUGAUCGUCUUUGCUUUUGGACGGCUACACAUGACACUCUUGCCCUGGCUCGUCAUGUUCCUCUACACCUUAUUAGUGCCCUAUCAGGUCCUGCACAUCUGGGUCAACCUCUUGAAGACACUCCAGUUGCCCGCUCUCCUAACUAUCAUUGCCACAGUGGUGUUGCUGAUCGGCCAUGCGACAGUUUUGGCCUUCUAUCCUGUUUACACUCUCAUGUCACAGCCUUUUGGGCCUGCCUCCUGUUGCAUCAUUACCCUUGAGCAGCUCCGGUUCCUGAUGAAAAGCUAUUCCUUCCUGCGGGAAACUGUGCCUCCAAUCCUUCAGUCCAGGUCAAAUGAUGGGGAGAUGCAUCUACCUCAAUUCUCUACUUAUCUGUAUUUUCUCUUCUGCCCUACUUUGAUCUACAGGGAGAACUAUCCAAGGACACCCUGUGUUCGAUGGAGGUAUGUCAUCGAGAACUUUGCUAAGUUCCUGAUGUGCCUGUUUUAUGGAUCCAUGCUCUUCAAGUGCUUCACAAUUCCUAUCUUCAGCAACAUGAAUAAGCAGCCCCUCACCUUCCGAAGUUUUGUGCUGAUUGUCUUCAGUGCAACAUUGGCAGCAUUAUAUUUGGCAAUUCUGAUUUGGUAUACCUUUUUCCACUGUUGGCUUAAUGCCUUUGCUGAAAUGAUGUGCUUUGCUGACCGCACUUUCUACAAGGACUGGUGGAACGCCACAUCUACUUCUGCAUACUUACGGAGCUGGAAUGUAGUAGUACAUGAUUGGCUGUACUGUUAUAUCUAUCAUGACCUUCUGUGGGUAUUCAAAUUAAAGGCCCAGUCUAUGGCUGUGUUGUCCACCUUCAUUGUUUCAGGCGCUUUCCAUGAAUAUGUCUUCAUGAUGAGUUUUGGUUUCUUUUACCCGCUUCUGUUCAUAUGCUGGUUUAUUGUCAUCGCAACAGAGAUCUUGGGAAUGCCAAGCACAAACAUCUUACUAUGGAUACGUAUACUGUUUGGUUUAGCACUUCUGUUCUCCAUGCAAUCCCUAGAAUGGUAUGCCCGAAUCCAUUGUCCAGUCCAGAAGAAUACAUUCUGGACAAGAGUGACCCCACGUACUUGGUCCUGCUAUUCCUAGGCCAUAACAGCUAACCUUUCAAAAAGUUAUUCCUCCUCUCUGCUCCAUUACUGAAAAAGAACUCCAGGCAGAAGCACU